AUGGAUGGAUGUUUGUUACUCAACGUUGUUGCCGUUUCAAAGCGGAUGAAGGGAUCGAAGGGAAUUUGGGCACAAAGAUUUCUAUUCAUUGCAUAUAGGCUAAAUCAGAAAAAAAAAUACAGAUACAUUGUAUCUAAAGUUAGGGUGGAAAGGUUUAAGUUAAGGAUGUCACCAGCAGCGUCGUUUGGAGUACGAUGGGCUCGUGAAAACUUGACGAGAGAGGCGACUGAAGACGAAAUACGCACUUUGAACAUAUUUCCUGUGACCUGCGAUGGAGACGAGGCUGAAGCUUCCAAACGAGCUCGAAGAUACUAUACAGCAAGAGGCCCGGGAGGCCUGACAGAACUGUGGCAUAAAAGAUAUCCCGAUGAUGAUGAAAUUCUCUCAAGCUGCCAGGAUGCUUAUAUAGUGCCUCUCCGUGCGAGGAGCAGAGGAGGCAGCCGGAUGACAGUUAUUCGUCUUCCUGCUCCCGCUAUAAAUCGAACUCUAUCAGCUAAAGCCUUGCUGGCGAGGUGGCUUAUGAUAUUAGAUAUCAGAUUACGAGAAGACCCGACCCCUGGGGAUGAAGUGGUAUUCAUUGACGUGUCUGACCUUCAACCCUCGCAUCUUAAGAACCACUUCAGAGGAUCCCAUUGGAGGGAUUUCGUCUGGUGUAUAAAGUCCGCUUACCCUCGAAAGUUCUCAGCGAUCCACAUCAUAAAUACGCAACGCUUAAAGACCAUGUCGCUGCUCCUUCUUCAUAUGGGACUGUACCCAUGGCGACGCAAGAUCUUCCAUACUCACGCUGAUGCAGAACAAAUUAAACGCGCCAUGGGUUUUGACUGUUUCCCCCAGGAAGGUCUUCCGUAUGAAUACGGAGGGAAGGCUGGAGCUAUGAAAGAUCUGAACGACGAAUGGACUAAAAAACUGCUACUCAAUUCGAAAUGGCUGCAAAUGGAAGAAAGGAAAUAUUACGAAACGGAAUUGAAACCGCCGAUAAAACGUGAAAAGAGAUCGGUACGGAGGCUGCGAGCCAGCGUCUCGUAUGACAUUCUUACACGAACACAUUCAUCAAGUGCUCGCUACCGGCAACGCAUUAUAGCCAGCACUGCGCACGCGCAGGAAACAUUCACGACUUUUCAUAUAAAAAGCUUUUCAUUAUCUCCAAAAACGUUGCGGUCAAGUGAGAGUGUGUCCGUCGUUGAGAGUUUGGCGUGUGAUUUGAUAUUUGAUUUCAAAGAACCACCCAAGAUGACAUUAGAACAGCCAGCUGGUGAGAUGUGGCAGAAGAUCCGUGAGGAACUGAAUGAGAACCCGGACACCAGGGAACAAGACCUCGCCCACAUCAAGGAGUGGCUGAAGAAGGAGCCACAUCUACCUGAUGAAUUUGAUGACCAGCGCAUCAUGACCUUCCUCCGUGGCUGCAAGUUUUCCCUGGAAAAAUGCAAGCGGAAACUGGACAUGUAUUUUACAAUGCGCUCAGCUGUCCCAGAGUUCUUCAAUGACCGAGACGUCUCCCGUCCCGAACUACAAGAAAUAACUAAGAUCGUUCAAAUGCCACCACUACCUGGCCUGACGCCCGACGGUCGUCGUGUAGUCCUGAUGAGAGGAGUGGAAAAGGACGUUCAAACCCCGAAUGUGGCGAACGCUUUCAAGUUGGCGCUGAUGUUGGGUGACGUCAGGCUUAAGGAGGAAAAGGAAGGAGUGGCUGGAGAUAUCUACAUCCUAGAUGCCUCUGUGGCAACACCCAACCAUUUCGCAAAAUUCACACCGACAUUGGUGAAGAAAUUCCUCGUCUGUGUGCAGGAAGCAUACCCGGUGAAACUAAAACAAGUGCACGUGAUCAACAUAUCGCCUUUAGUUGACAAAAUCGUGCAGUUCGUGAAGCCGUUCUUAAAAGAAAAGAUCAGGGAAAGGAUCUUCAUUCACAGCGACAUCAACGAUCUUUACAAGCACGUGCCACAGGAAAUGAUGCCAAGCGAAUACGGCGGCAAGGCGGGACCUAUGAACGAACUUCACAAUGCAUGGCUGAAGAAGUUGGAAGAAUAUAAAGAUUGGUUCGCUGACCAGGAAAAAUACAAGGCAGAUGAAGCUCUCAGGCCGGGGAAACCGACCAACUACGACGAACUCUUCGGCAUUGACGGAUCCUUCCGUCAAUUAGUCAUAGAUUAA